AUGUCGCGCUGGCUGUGGCCGUGGUCGAGCUGCAUGAAAAAGCGAGCCUGCCGCUACCUGCUGCAGCACUACCUGGGCCACUUCCUGCAGGAGCGGCUGAGCCUGGAGCAGCUCAGCCUGGACUUGUACCAGGGCAGCGGCGGGCUGCGGGACAUCCACCUGGACGUGUGGUCGGUGAAUGAGCUGCUGGAAUCUGUGGAAUCCCCCCUGGAACUGGUGGAUGGCUUCGUGGGCUCCAUCGAGGUGGCGGUGCCCUGGGCUGCCCUCCUCACUGACCACUGCACCAUGCAGGUGUCCGGCCUGCAGCUCACUCUGCGACCACGGAGUGGGCAAGGGCCCGGGAUGGCCGAGUCUCAGAGCUGGACCUCAUGCAUGACCACCAGCCUGCAGCUAGCCCAGGAGUGCCUUCGGGAGGGGGCCCCCGAGCCCACCGAGCCCCCCCAGCCCCUGGAGGGCCUGGAGAUGUUCGCCCAGACCAUCGAGACGGUUCUUCGAAGAAUCAAAGUGACCUUCCUGGACACGAUCGUGCGGGUAGAGCACACGCCUGGCGGCGGCGAUGCCAACAUGGCCCUCGAGGUCCACAUUCAGAGGCUGGAGUACUGUGACGAGGCUGUGCGGGACCCGAGCCAGGCUCUCCCCGUGGAUGUGCACCAGCCCCCCGCCUUCCUGCACAAGCUGCUCCAGCUGUCUGGCGUGAGACUUCACUAUGAGGAAUGUCCCCCUCCUCAGGAAGAGCCCCCCAGCCCCCCACUGCAGAUCGGCAGCUGCUCGGGGUACAUGGAGCUGACAGUAAAGCUGAAGCAGAACGAGGCCUUCCCUGGGCCCAGGAUGGAAGUGUCGGGGCAGGUGGGCUGCCUGCACUUACUUCUGGCCCCCCAACAACUUCUGCAGCUUCAGGACCUUUUCAGCGCCCUCAGCCUAGCAGAGACGGAGGGGCUGUCGGAGAAGGCUAACAAGAGCCGCCCCCUCGGGGCUGAGGACCUGAGGCUCAUCGAGCAGGACCUGAGCCAGCAGCUGCAGGGGGGCGGCCCGGCCCUCUCCUCCGACCCUCUGCUGGGCAUGGACAGCACAGAUCUCUUCUUCUCCAUGGCCGCCCUGACCAGCAGCGUGACCUCCGCCCGCUCCGUGUCGGAGCUUUCCCUCUCCGAUGUGGACCUGAACUCCUCCGUGCACAGCGAUGGGACCCCCCGGCGCCCCCACAUCCACCCUGCCCUCCACGGCAAGGCGGCAGCACCCAUCCCCCCCGAGAGCCUCCGCCCAGAGUCCCUGCUGAAGGUGACCCUUGGCGGGAUGACGCUGACGGCCCUGCAGCAGCCCCCCGGGGCGCCCCCCGGGUGCCCCCCCGACCUUGCCGCCCAAUUCUUUGCCGAGUUUGACGCUGCCAAAGAGGGACCUUUUGGGUCCCGGGACUUCCAGCACCUCCGACCCCGCUUCCAGAAGGCCUGCCCCCGGAGCCACGUGAGGCUGACCGGCUCGGCCGUGCAGCUGAGCUGGGAGCAGCGCGGAGGGGCCGGGGGCAGGGGCCGGACGUUUAGCACCGACCUGCUCUUCGGCCAGCUGGAGGUGUUAGAGUGUCUGUGGCCCGAGGGGGUGGCCGAGCCCGAGUACACGGAGCUCCUGAGCUUCCCCAACGGCUCCGGCUUUGGGGCAUCAGCCCGACCUUGCGCCCACCUACGGUACCUUCAGACGCAGCGCCGAGUCCCCAAGAGCCACCCCCGGCGGGCAGUCUCCUGCCGUUGUACCUCCGACUUGUCCCUGGAGCUGGCUGAAUUCCAGUCUGACGUGGAGCUGGGGGCCCUGGACAGGCUUGUGGCCCUGUUCCAUCUCGCCACCACCCCAGUGGACCGGGAGCAGGGCCUGCUGGGAGAGCCUCCUUGUGCUGUGGAGCGGCAGACCGCCGUGCGGGUCGUGGCCCCUCAGGCCACCCUUCAGCUACGCUUCCCCAUCCCUGACCUGCGCCCGGAGCGCGAUCCCUGGGCGGGCCGGGCCGUGCGAGAGGAGCUUCUCCGAUUGGAACUGAACGACCUCGAGUUCCAGUCUGAGCUGAGCCACGGCCCCAGCCCACAGGCCCCCACCCGUUUGGAACUCACCUGCAGUGACCUCCACGGGACUUACGAGGACAGGGAGAAGCCAGCCGUCCCCUGCCUCCGAGUCUCCAAAACCCUGGACCCCCGGGGCCCUGGCCGCAAGUACAUCCUGCCCAAGGCAGUGGUGACCCUGAACCCCCAGUACAGCAGCUCCCAGUGGGACCUGGUGCUAGAGAAGGGAGAAGACCUGGAGCUGUCGUCGGCCGAGAGCCCCUGCGAGCUGCGGGAGCCUGAGCCUUCGCCCUUUUCCUCCAAGAGGACCAUGUAUGAGACAGAGGAGAUGGUGAUUCCUGGUGAUCCUGAGGAGAUGGGAGAAUUCCAGAGCCGGACCUUGGCCCUGUCCAGAUGCAGCCUGGAGUUGACCCUGCCCAACGCCCACAUCUUCCUGCCCAGCAAGGAGGUCUACGAGAGCAUCUACAAUAGGAUCAACAACGACCUGCUCAUGUGGGAGCCUGGAGACCUGCUCCCGGACCUGGGCCCGGCGGCCUCUGUGGCCGCCCCUGGCUUCCCCGGGCCCUCCUCCUUCUGGCACGACAACUUCAAGAUGUGCAAGUCUGCCUUUAAACUGGACUCAGACUCUGAAGAUGAAGACGUGCACUUCUUCUCAGUGAAUGAGUCUGGGGUCCCCCAGCCCCCGGCGCCAGAGCCCCGGAGUCCUCGGGCCCAGAGCACUUUCUCCACCCUGGUGACGGUGCUGAAGGGCCGCAUCACCAUCCUGUGUGAGGCCAAGGGGGAGGGGGGGAAGAAACUGGAGGACUGUCACGGGGAGCUGGUCCUCGAUGUGACUCAGGGCACCAUCUUCAGCGUCUCCCAGUACCUGGGCCAGCCCGGGCUCGGCUACUUGUGCCUCGAAUCUGACAAGGCGGCCCUCUAUCACCAAGCUGUGGUGGACGAUUACUUACUGCCUUCCCGGCUCGAGGUGCCCAGCUUCACCCCGCCCGCCCACUUGGCGCCAACCAUCUACCCCUCGGAGGAAGGGAUGACGGAUCGGGGCGCCGCAGGCCGCAAGGGCCAGGGCCAGGGGCCCCGCAUGCUGUCCACGGCGGUGCGCAUUCACCUGGACCCCCAGAAGAAUGUCAAGGAGUUCCUGGUGACCCUGCGGCUGCACGGAGCGACCCUUCGCCACCGCAUGGCCCAGCCCAGCCAAAGCUGGCACUGCCAGCUGCUGGACUUCUUGGACGUCUUGGACGACCCCAUCCUGGGCUUCCUGCCGCCCACAGUCAUCACGGUCCUCCACACACACUUGUUCUCCUGCGCCGUGGACUACAGGCCUCUCCACCUCCCCGCGAGGGUCCUCAUCACUGCGGAGACCUUCACACUGUCCAGCAACAUCAUCAUGGACACCUCCACCUUCCUGCUCAGGUUCAUCCUCGAUGACUCUGCCGUGUACCUGUCUGACAAGUGCGGGGCCGAGCCCCUCGAUCUGCGCAAGGAUUACGUCUGUGUCCUGGAUGUGGAUCUGCUCGAGUUGGUGAUCCGGACCUGGAAAGGCAGCACGGAGGGCAAACUGAGCCAGCCCCUCUUCGAGCUCCGCUGCUCCAACAACGUGGUCCACCUGCACAGCUGUGCCGACUCGUGCGCCCUGCUGGCCAACCUGCUCCAGUACGUGGUCAACUGCGGGGACCUGCACCCCCCGCCCCGGCCCCCCAGCCCCACGGAGAUCGCCGGCCAGAAGGUGCAGCUCUCCGAGAGCCCGGCCUCCCUGCCCUCCUGCCCCCCAGCGGAGACGGCCCUCAUCAACCAGCGGGACCUGACCGACGCCCUCAUCGACACGGAGCGCAGCCUGCGGGACCUGGCCCUGCCGCCAGGCGGUGGGCCCCUCCGGCAGGCCUCUCCUGUGUCCGUCUACCUAUUCCCAGGGGAGCGGGGCGGAGCCCAGCCCCCUCCGUCCCCCGGCGGGCCCUGCGAAAGCAGCCUCGGAACCAAAGAGGAGGAGGCGGAGGAGGAGGAAGAGGAGGAGGAGGGGGACGGGGACGCCCUGGACAGCGACGAGUUCUGCAUCCUCGACGCCCCCGGCCUCGGCAUCCCCCCCCGGGACGGAGAGCCCGUAGUAACCAAGCUCCAGGCGGGGCCCAUCACCGUCCGGGACGGCCACUUCUCUCGCCCUCUGGGCAGCACGGACCUGCUGCGAGCCCCUGCCCACUUCCCCGUGCCCACCAGCCGCCUGGUGCUGCGGGAGGUCUCGCUCGUCUGGCACCUCUACGGGGGCCGCGAUCUGGGGCCUCCCCACGGCCACAGGACAAAGUCCGGCCUGUCGGGCCCCCGCGGCUCCCCGUCCCGCUGCUCCGGCCCCAACCGGCCCCAGAACUCGUGGCGCACCCAGGGGGGCAGCGGCCGCCAGCACCACGUGCUCAUGGAGAUCCAGCUCAGCAAGGUGAGCUUCCAGCACGAGACGUACCCGACGGAGAGAGCGGCGGCCCCCGGGGCCGAGCUGGCCGAGCAGCCCUUGUCCCGGCAGGUGUUCAUCGUGCAGGAGCUCGAGAUCCGCGACCGGCUCGCCUCGUCCCAGAUCAACAAGUUCCUGUACCUGUACACGAGCGAGAAGAUGCCGCGGCGCGCCCACUCCAACAUGCUCACCAUCAAGGCCCUCCACGUGGCCCCAGAGGCCGGCCUGGGGGGCCCCGAGUGCUGUCUCCGCGUCUCCCUCAUGCCCCUGAGGCUCAACAUCGACCAGGACGCCCUGUUCUUCCUGAAGGAUUUCUUCACGAGCCUGGCUGCCGGCAUCACGCCGGUGAUUCCCUCGGAGACGGUGGCGGAAGCUCGCCCAGAGCCCGCUGCGCGGAGUGGCGCCUCCCAGGAGAAGCUGGCGGAGCAGGCGGAGAUGAGCAGUUCUGUGGAGACGACGACCAGCGAGCAGAGCUCCUCGGCGGCCUCCGUGGCGUCGGCCGAGCAGCCCAUUUACUUCAGGGAGUUCCGCUUCACCUCUGAGGUGCCCAUUUGGCUGGACUACCACGGCAAGCACGUCACCAUGGACCAGGUGGGCACCUUCGCCGGGAUCCUCAUCGGCCUGGCCCAGCUCAACUGCUCAGAGCUCAAGCUCAAGCGUCUCUGCUGCCGGCACGGGCUCCUGGGGGUGGACAAGGUGCUGGGCUACGCCCUCAACGAGUGGCUACAGGACAUCCGGAAGAACCAGCUGCCGGGGCUCCUGGGAGGCGUGGGCCCCAUGCACUCCGUGGUCCAGCUCUUUCACGGCCUUCGAGACCUGCUGUGGCUUCCUAUCGAGCAGUACCGGAGGGACGGACGCCUCAUGCGGGGGCUGCAGCGGGGGGCUGCCUCCUUUGGGUCUUCUACGGCCUCUGCCGCGCUGGAGCUCAGUAACCGCCUCGUGCAGGCCAUCCAGGCCACCGCCGAGACUGUGUACGACAUCCUGUCCCCAGCGGCGCCCGUGUCGCGCUCCCUGCAGGACAAGCGCUCGGCCCGCAGGCUCCGCCGCGGCCAGCAGCCGGCCGACCUCCGGGAAGGCGUAGCCAAAGCCUACGACACCGUGCGCGAGGUACCCCUCCGGUCACCCCGAGCCUCAGGAGGCAGCCAGCCCGUGUCCCUGCAGAGGGGGGCCGGGGGAGGCCCCUUCCGUUUGGGAGGCUGA